GCUCUCUCUCUCUCUCACUCACACACACACACACACACACAGAGACAUCCACACGUCGGCAGAGCCGCCAGCACCCGCACGCCAAACACCUUGUCUCUCCUCCCAGGAUAUAUUAUCUCCCCCCCCGCCCCUAUCCCCACACAUCUCUCUCUUUUAUCUCCUCCUGGCUUCCCGCAGGAGCGUGCCGGCUGUUUUUCAUGGAGAAAGUCCAGGGAGAAAUGGAGAUUGAGAGAUGGGAAAGAAGUGAAGAGAUUUCAGAGGCGGAAAAAAAGGUGAUUCAAGAGACGUGGAGCAGAGUAUAUGCAAACUGCGAGGACGUUGGGGUCUCCAUACUCAUCAGGUUUUUUGUCAACUUCCCCUCGGCCAAGCAGUACUUCAGCCAGUUCAAGCACAUGGAGGACCCCCUGGAGAUGGAGAGGAGCUUGCAGCUGCGUAAGCACGCCCGGCGGGUCAUGGGUGCCAUUAACACCGUGGUGGAGAACAUCAACGACUCCGAGAAGGUCUCCUCUGUGCUGGCCUUGGUGGGCAAGGCCCAUGCCCUCAAGCACAAAGUGGAGCCCAUUUACUUCAAGAAACUCACCGGUGUCAUGCUGGAGGUGAUUGCUGAAGAAUACGCCAACGACUUCACCCCGGAGGCUCACGGAGCCUGGACCAAGAUGAGGACCCUCAUCUACACCCAUGUGACGGCGGCGUACAAGGAGGUGGGCUGGGCGCAGUACCCCUCCGCCACCCUGUGAGCGCCCAGCGGGGCCAGGCGAGGGGCAGGGAGGGCUCUGCUCACCCCAGGACUUCACUCUGGUCUCUUCUCAAGAUCUUCGCUCAGUCUGGGGAGCCCGGCAGGGCCAGCUCCGUAAGCUGCCAAGUCACAAUUAGAUCUCCACGGGGUUUCCAACCAAACUAAAUAAGCCAAACCAGUAGGACCGCGGAGGGUGUGGGUGGGUGGGGGUGAAGCGCUUGCGGGGGACGCUGGAAGGGGAUGCAGAACGUGAGGGGUAGAGCGUUGGUUGUUGGCUCCAUCUUACUGUCCUGGCCCUACCAUCACCACCACCACCCCCAAAUCCCGCAGCUCGCUUGCGCCGUCCCUAAGUCCCUUGCAGAAGCUCUGCCGGCAGCAGCGCCGGGCAGCCCUGCUCGCUGUCAAACCACACGACUCUUCUGUUCCAUGCUAAACCCCCGGGCCAACGCAGCUCCUUGCUUUUGGGGCAGCAUGCUCGUGGGGACGGCCAGCCGCCGGGCUGGCACCUUGCUUUGCACUUUGCUUUGCACUUUCUCCAUUCCCCUGGCAGGGUGGCAGGGCUGGUGGCUGCCACCAGAGUCAGCCUUGGCUGUCCAUUAGCCCGCACCGUGGGCUGGCAGCAGCCCUCACCGCUCCUGUCAGUCCCUCUCCUUGGCUGGCUGCUGCAAACCCUCCUGGUGCCGGAGGGAGCGAGGGGGUGGGAGAGACGUCCCCCAUAGCGUGAGAGAGUGGGAAAGGAGGCGGGGGGAGGGCUUUGGGCUGCCUUCCCUGGUGGCUCAGAGCAUGGUGUGUGGGUGGGAUCCCUGUGCCAGAGGCAGGAUGCUGUGAGCCCACUCGCUUCCCUUCAGCUCCGUGGGCAAGAGGGAUGUGCAUGAGGAUGGGCUCAGGUGGCACACAUUGUGCCGUUGCCCUGAGAGCUGGCAUGUGUCUGUCUGGCCAGCAGCCAGGGCAGUGUGGGGCUGGGGUGGCUCUGCCCUGGUCAGUGAGAAGGAAGUUUCAGGCUGUGAUCAGGAGGGGAAAGAUGAAGUGGACAUAGCAGUAGGGAUGCCUGGGUGUGAAGGAAGGUCCCUGCUGGCUUAAAAUGAGUAAGUUACUCCUUACAUAGAUCAUCUUCCUCUCUCUUGGUGAAACUGGGAUUCUUCAAACAAAGUGCCUGGUAGAAAUCAGCCCAUGCAGAAGCUAGGUUACUCCUUGGGACUGGCAGAGCUCCCACCUGUGCCUGGCAAAGGGAUCUCCCCCCAGAAUGAGAUGUGGCUGUAGGGUUCACAGCACUCAUCCUGCCUCCAACUCCUCCUGAAGCUGUGGGUGAGUCUGUUUGGUUCCUGCCUCAGUUUCCCCUUUGGUUCCAAAUGGGAGGAGGAGCAGCCCUGUGGCCUCCUGCACACGUGAGCCUGGAUUUAGAUGAUGAUGCUCUGGGGACUGAAUCCCAGAGGACUUGAGGUAAAGCACCAGAUGUGCAGGGCAGCUUUGGCACCCUUGUCACCCAGUAUUUCUCCAAAUGGCUGUUAUUUCUGGAGAUCCAGCCUUAAGGGCAGUGUUAGCCGUUGAAGUGGGAGGGGGGUUCCCUUCUGGCCUCAUUCCACCACUGCCCUGGAGAGCCAGCAGCUCCUCUAGUGAGCCCAGCUCCUCUCCUGGAUGUUGGCUUGACAGGCACUGAGCCCAUGGUCCUGGGCUGGGGUCUCCACAGCCACCUUGGGGACACCCCUCACCCUGCCACGGGGACACCACUGGAGGAGACAGCAGUAACUCCCCCUGGGGCUGACCUCCCUCCUCUGGAGCAGCCAGCCAGAAGCUCUUGCCUUGCUCACCUCCAUCCAGUUCAUCUGUGCUUUCAACCAUCCCCAGGGAACAGGGCAUUUUCCUGUUCCUGGUGUUUUGCUUCCAUGCCAGGGGGGUUCUUUGCCCCCCAGCCUUGGCCCUGCUUGGUAGGGGGGUGGCCAGCACUGGGUGCCCACUCCCAGAAAAGGUCUCAGUGGGGUUUUUCCCUCUCCUCCUCCUCCUGCUCAGAAUCUGUGGGAGCCCAUUAGGGGCAAACUCCCAGUCCUGCCCUUGGUAUUGCUCAUGCCAUGGUAUUGGCACAGCCCAGGUAGUGACCCCCAGGCCAGUGCUCAAAGCAGCAGGGGAGGUUGACCUGGGGGGAAAUGUCUUCUCCUGCUCCUCUGGGCUGGGUUAGAAGCAGCCAGCAGUUUGUACCAUUGCCUAGUGCCUUGGCUCUGGGCAAAAAGUGAUUUGGGGAGGUCUCCAAGCCUCUUGGCUGUGUUGUUCAGCUCUCCCUCAUCUUCCUGCAGAGCUUAGGACCAGGAGUAGUCCCAAAAUAGCCCCAGGAUUCCACUAAUGGCACUGCAGCUGCCUUGCAGUUCUUUCCUCCCUACUUCCCACCACAAGACAGGUGGAGAGGAGUGAUGGAGCCGGGAGCAGCGGCACGUCCUGGGCACACCCAGAUUGCUGGGAGGCAACAACUGCUCAGGCACAGCUGUCCUUGGCAGCGUGCAAGGUCACAGGCUCCAUGAAAGGAAGGGAUGGGCACAGGCUGACAAGUGAUGCUGGUGAGGUGUCAGAGUCAGCCCCCCUGAAACCCAGCCACCAGCCUGCACGUGUGAAGGUGCCAGCAGCUGGUGCCUCCAGCCCGCGACUCAGUGGCAGAGCAGCUGCUGACCCUUUGCACAGCUGGCAGAGGCAGCUGCUGGCCAGGGUCAGGGUUAGGAUGAGAAAAGGCCUGGCUGGUCAUUGACUUUGCCCCAGUGCAAGGCUGGGGAGGAACCACUCGGGGCACAACUGUUGGAUGUUUUGUGGUGUGCACGGUGGAGCUCUCCCCAAUCCCUGCCAGAGCCCUGCAUGCUUGUGCUGGGUUCCUGUGGUCCCCAUGCCCUGUGGAUGCUGGGCCAGGGUUGUUUCCCUCCAGGGAUGCUUCAUCUUCAGGCAAAAUUCACACAUUAACCUCUGAGGUUUAUGUUCUCCAGGUGGGAGUUUCAUCUGUUGCUACAAAUCCUUCCCCUCCCUUCCCCCAACCCAAAAUCAGGCUUGGUUGAGGUCAGCAGGGAAGUCAUUUUUGGGCUGGCUGGAAAGUCUCAUAGCCAACCCACCUUGAGUGCCUUGGCUUUGGGGGAGCAGCAGCAAGGUUCCCCCCCCUGCCCCUAACUCACCUUUGCACGGGGCUUGGGGUUUGGUUUCUUUUUCCUUCUCUUUGGUGUGUUUGUGUUGGGUUUUCCCCCCAUUUCCUGGGUUGUUUUGGUGGGUUUCUCUUGCACCUCCAGAAAAAGCUCACUCCCCUCCCCCAGCCUCCUGCACCCAGGCCUCCCUGUGCUGGGCUUGGCAAGUUUUCCAGCAAAAAGCAAAUCCAGAUGUGUGCAGCUGCUGUCCCUCGAGGAGCUUCCCCCCCACACACUUCCAUUUGCUGGCCAGUCAAAUAUAUGCAAGCAAAAAAAAACCACCCCACUAAUGAUAAAUCCCUGUUUAUUUUUACCAGCUCUGUAGGAUGGAAGCUGAAGCAGGGAGGGUGGCCAGGGCAGAGCUCGCAGGGGGAAGAGAAGGAGCUGAAGUGAACGCCCCCUCUCCCUUCGUGGCCUGCAGCACAACAGAAAGCCUUGCUGAA